AUGGCCGUCUUUAUUACUACCAUCGCUGACUUCUCAGGAGUUGCUCACCCCUUCCCCUGCCCCCUUCCACAUACCCCCCCUCCCGACCAUCCCCCGGUGACCGUUCCGGGGGGUCUGCAGCGCUGCAACUGUGCUCUACUAAAUCAUAAUGUAAUGUUCAGAGCGCAAACGGAUCGUGCCGCGGAGGCUCUCCUCACUCCCGGAGCCUCUCCGCCCGCCGCCCGGCCUCCGCCCACUACCAGCUACCCUCUACGAUGCAAUUUUAACAAAUAG